UCUGCACAGUGAGGGUAGGGGGGGGCACCAGGCAAGUCAAUGAAUGUCCACAGACAUCUGCUAAUAGAAAGCACCUCUACAAAAUAUAAAGAAACGCUAAUACUGCUCCUAUUACUAAAAGACAAACACCACGUUCAAAACAGGAAACUGAAAUAAAUCUAUUAUUCAUGGUAUUUGUUUCUAAUCUGUUGUUAUGCAAGUGAUUUUUCUUCUCUGCAGGCUUCAAAGCUUUUCCAAAUGCCUGAAGCUCUGACCCUGAAACUGAAGUGGACCAAGAUGCAGCUUUGGCAGGGCAUUCCCAUGCAGCAUUGAAAUGAGGAGCGUGAAAAGAAUGGAUAGGGGCUACUUUAACAAAACCAGGUUUGCUCUCUCUGGAGUAGAGCCACAUGCAAGGAAAAUGUCAUCCUGCCAUCUCAUCCGGACACUCGAAAGGGAAACCAGAGCUUGCCAUCUCUACAUCUGACCUUCCCUGCACUUCAUGCCUCCACGCUGCGAGCCCCUGAUGAGGUAACCCCCUGCAAAGUUAUCCAGGAAGAGAGGCAUCACUUCCAUCUGUUCCCCAUCCUCAGAGCAUCUGAAGGAGCCAGAGCGUCUGCUGGAGGCUGAGGAAAGUGGGAAAGCGACUGCACCAGGGAAUCAUUUUGGGCUCUUAUGGACAGAUUGCAGAUUUACCACCAAGGCUUCAUUAACAUUCAUGAAGAGAUUACUGGAUACUAUUAUUGCUUACAUUUCUGUGCCUUUUCUUGGCAAUCAAGUCUGAAACUCACAGUCAGAUGAUGUCCCACUCUGAUGUCCUCGAUACCUGAUCCACUUUCCAUGGAUGUUUCCUGGAACUUCAGUCUUUCUGGGAACACAACACUGGACCACUCCAGGCCUUUGUCGGUGUUUGAGAUACACAUCUUGGUUCCUGUGACAGUUGCCUGCAUACUACUCUUCUUCUUGGGUGUAGGGGGCAACCUAAGCACCCUACUUGUGUUCUGGCGCACCCAGUCGCUGCACACCACCACCAACCUCUACCUGUCCAGCAUGGCCAUUUCAGACAUCCUCAUCUUCAGUGGUCUACCCCUGGAUCUCUAUCGCCUGUGGCGGUACCGCCCCUUUCCCUUUGGAGACUUCCUGUGCCGCUUCCAGUUCUACCUGAGCGAAUCCUGCACCUAUGCCACCAUCCUGCACAUCACUGCCCUCAGCGUGGAACGCUACUUGGCGAUCUGCUUCCCACUGCACGCCCGCCGCUUGGUCUCCAGAGCUCGCGUGCAACUGGUGAUCGUUGCUCUCUGGGGGCUGGCUGGCACCACGGCGGUGCCUGUUUUCUUUCUCUUCCACGUGGCGGGCCAGGAGUGCCAGCCCACAGAGGCAGGGCUGCGGUCAGGCCUGCUGCAGGCCAUGACCUGGGUGUCCACGCUUUACUUCUUUCUCCCUCUGGCCUGCCUCUGUCUGCUCUAUGGCCUCAUCUGCAGGAGGCUGGGACACAUGCGGCACCGUCCCUACGCACGCAUCCGCCAGAGGCACCAGCGCCAGACAGUCAGGCUCCUGGUUGUGGUGGUGCUGUCCUUCGCCCUCUGCUGGCUGCCUUUUCACAUCGGGAGGAUCCUCUUCUCCACUGCAGUCUGGGAUGAUGAGGACCAAGGAGGCAGAGAAGCCCUGUACACUACAUCGCAGAACUUCAACUUGGCUGCCAUGCUGCUUUUCUACCUCAGCGCUUCCAUCAACCCCGUCCUCUACAACCUGCUGUCUGCCCGCUACCGCCUGGCCCUACGCGGCAUGCUCCAGAGCCAACGCCCCCGCAGCAGGCUCCCCCAAAGGCACAGGUCCAGCCACCACAUUCGGGUCACCGCGCCAACUGACAUGAACUUCUGCACCAGCGUGUGAUGGAGCCCCAGUUCCGAUGUGUUUUUGCAGUGUCGGACUGUGUGCAUGUGUCAGAGAGGAGACAGACAGGAAAAACUGAAAGUAACUUUCCUUCCUGCAGUAUCCACUGUUCAUGGGUAUUUGGCCAUAAUAUGUCACUUAUUCCUAAGCAGGACGCUGCAAGGACACUGUCCACACCUGAAGCACCAGGAACCGUAACGGAAACCUUUCAGUCAGAAAACAAGACCAGAUACUAUAAGGACUAUAAUUUAUUUGCCAUAUUAAAUAUAUUAUCUAUGAUUGUUACAAUUUAGUAAUAACAUAAUACAUGGCAGUUUCUUUAACAUAAAAGUUUAUGAAAUUACACAAAAAGAAAAACAAAAAACAAAGCAACAAUUAAUGCCGAUAAAGUAUGUUUUUUUGGAAUGUAUUAUAUUUGCCUGCUAAAAAUGCAAUAGAAAAGGCAAACAAGGGGACUAGCAUGUUCUACAGACACUAUCAUGGGAGUAGGAAGAUGGAGAUCAGGGUGUUACAGAGAUGCUUUAACACAGAGCCGGCAGAUGUGGCCACCUACUCCAUGACA